AUGUCGGAGGAACGCGAGUUCUCCAAGCCUGUGACCCCGGACGAGGAGGUGGUGAGGAGGAACAUCUGCGUGACGUUCGCCGUCCCCGUGGAGGUCGAGCCGCCCGAAGAGGAGAACGGUUCCGACCUGCCCUCGCGAUGGCGUGCGCUGGUGAGAACUGUGGUCUAUCAGAUGGUCCUCGAGGUCGAGGCUCGUGGCGAACCCCGCUGCAGCUCGUGUCGGAAGCCGGCGACUGACUUGCCAACCGGCGAAUACCGACCCGUAGAACCAGUAUUACUACCCGAAGUUGAUCGCGAGCCCCGUGCCCGCGAACUAGUCGUCGCUACCGCUGGCGUGCUCGACAACAGCGUGAUGGCCGCCGUGACGGCUCAGAUACUCGACCGGUACGAGACUGAGGCACCCGUGAUGCGCGCCAAGCGUACCGAGAGCCAGCAGUUGUGCGAGUGUUACCGUGCUGCCAGCGACGUUCUCUCUUGA